GCACAGGCCUCUGGUGCACAGGCCAGAGCAGUGCUGGCUGCGGCUGCAGCCGCUCUACUCCUGCAGCUGCUGCUGGUGAAUGCGGCUGCCGACUGCCCCAAUCCGACUGACUCCAUCAAACCUUGUCGAUGCUCCAUUCGAAAUUCAGAAAUGCAAAUUUGGUGCAGCAACAGCGAUCUGGCGAGCAUGUUGGCAGGCCUGAAGGCAGUGGCCAGCCUGGUGAAGCGCCCCAUCGACGAACUGAUCGUGGAGAACAACCUGCUGCCAUCACUGCCCGGCCGCGCGUUUGCCGAACUGCCCGUCGUGCGGCUCAUGGUUCGCGACAACGGCUUGCAGCGCGUCAGCGCCAACUGGCUCGCCGGUCUCGAAACAACUCUCGUAGAGGUAUUCAUAGUGGAGCCUGAGCUGCGAAGUCUGCCCGACGACAGUCUGGAGACACUGUCGAAGCUGGAGGCGAUAACGAUAUUCGCGGGCAAGAUCACGCGACUGCCCACACUCACCAACCUGGCAGCACUGCGCUACCUGCACACGCAACUGCCACUGCUGACCGAGCUGACGGCGGGGCGCUUGCAGCGACUGCCCGCCCUGGAGCAACUGCACGUGGUCUCAUCUCCGCUGCUCGCUCGCCUCGAGUUCGGCGUGUUCACGGACUUGCCCCGCCUCAUGCUCGUCAACUUCACCGGCUGCGGCAUCUCAGCCAUCCACCCACGCGCCCUCACCCGCUUGCCCGCCCUCGUCGAGCUGUCCUUCUCCCGCAACCGUCUCGUCGAUGCUGGUGCCGUUGGCCGGUCGGUGCGUGAGUUGCCAAACCUCACAGUACUCAGACUGGACAGCAACUUGAUCGACCGAUUAGUGGAAAUGUCGUUUGUGGACAUAGCGCCGGUGCGGGAGAUUGACCUCUCCAAGAACCGCAUCUCAGAGAUCGCGCGCGGGGCCUUCCACCGGCUGCCCGCUCUGCGCAUGCUCGACCUCAGCGACAACCGCAUCCGACGCAUCCACCCCGAGUUCUUCCUGCAGCCCUACAACAGCGACCUGGAAGAGCUGAUCCUGGUGAGGAACAGGCUGGACCAUGCGCUGCAGCUGAGGACCAUCCUGGACGCCUUGCCGCGCCUCAAGCUGCUCGACCUCAGCUACAACAUGAUCCGCGACAUCAACUACGACAGCAUCCAAGGCCACCCCACCCUGGAGCGCCUGCACCUCGACCACAACCACCUGCGCCAGGUGGUGCGCGAGGCCUUCUCCGGCAUGCCGGCCCUGCGCGAGCUUCGUCUCAGCAACAACUUCCUCUCCAACUACCUGGAAAUGCCCUUGUGGAAUCUGCCCUUGCUCAAGGGCCUGGAUUUGUCUCACAACGAGUUCCGCCGACUGGACCGACGCGUGCUGGCCAACCUGCCCUCAUUGCGCAGACUUGACAUGAGCUCCAACUCGCUGGUGAUGAUCGACCCAGCCUCGUUCCUGGGCACUCCCUCGCUCGAGCACGUCAACCUGUCGCACAACGCCCUCGAGGCCAUCACUCCGCCCACCUUCCCCCACCUCGCCAACCUCUACGAGUUGGACGUCGGUCACAACCGACUCAAGACCAUUGUGCCUGGUCUGCCGCGUGCACUCGAGUACCUCUACAUGCCCAACAACCUGCUGACAGCUCUGCCCAAAUCACCUGCACCUGAUCUGCUUUUGCCCGCUCUCAGACUUUUUGAUGUCACAGGCAAUAUGCUGCAUCGCCUGCCACCUGAAAGCUUGAUCUCAUUGCCACUGUUGAAAAUAUUCUUAUGCGGCGAGAAUGAGCUUCAAACUCUUGGGAAGAAUGCUCUGGACGGACUCGGGCGGCUCGAAAUUCUUGACUUGCAUGGAAAUAACAUUUUGAGUCUGGAUGAUUCGGUCUUCCGUGACCUGAGAAGGCUCCAACAGCUGGAUCUUCAUGACAAUAGAUUGGAAAUGAUCAAACCAGAUCUCUUGCGGGAGAAUACAGAGCUGAAAAAGCUUGAUAUUAGCAAAAAUCAACUGUCCGAAAUACACACAAGUGCUCUACAAAGCAACAAACUGAUUGAACAAUUCUUGGCAGCACACAACAGCCUCAUUGACUUCCCAAUGGCAGUAACAAAACUUGAGGGGUUGAAAAUGAUCGAUUUGAGUAGCAACAAGCUUCACCAUUUGUCACCAGAUGUUUUAGGGAAAAUAACAUCUCUGGUGGAACUGAAACUGUCCAAGAACAAGAUACACUCGCUGCCAGAAGGAACAUUCCGUGAAAUGCCUAAUCUGGCGUUCAUUGAUCUUGAAAAUAAUGAAAUGGAAGUAUUAGCUUCGAAUGCCAUACGAUCGUUACCAAAUUUGACACGAGUGAAGUUGGGCCACAACAAGCUCACUUCGAUUCCAAGCUCAGCUUUCGUCGAUCUGCCCUCACUGACCAGCGCCGAACUACAGGAGAACCAACUAUCCGACAUUGCCAGUGAUGCGUUCACUGCUGUGCCCAGUUUGCUCAUGCUCAAUCUGAGCUACAAUCAACUGCAAGGCUUGGAGAGCGCUGGCCUGCACAGCCUCAAGUCCAUUGAGAUGCUCGAUCUCAGCCAUAACCGCAUCGCCAGGUUUGCCAGCCAAGCUCUGCCUGCCAUGGACAGCUUAGUAGAACUAAAGAUGGAUAAUAAUAGAUUGUGCAAUAUACAAGGUUCACCAUUUGGCAAAAUGUCACAUCUUCGAUCACUAAGUUUGCGCAACAACAAAAUAACUUCCCUCUCAGAACCCACGUUCCAGCCACUAAGAGCAAACAUUGUAGCUCUUGACAUUGAAGGCAACCCGCUGCGCUGUUCAUGCUCUCUGGUGUGGCUGCAAGUGUGGCUGCAGGAGGGCGGCCAAAUGGGACCUCGCUGUCAUGACGGGACGCUGCUGAGGGAGUUCCGCAUGUCACAACUUAACUGCCAGGAGUCAAAGGCCAUCGACACACCAGUGCCCGGCUGUGAGGUCGACGUUCUCAACCCUGCAUUGAUCGAACAAACACAACAGUUAUCGGCGUGGCUUGAGGUGAAGGAGCCUGUUCCAACCGCACAACAGCGACCACUACCCGAGGAGACAGAUUACUUCUACGACGAGUACGUUGACUACGACGAGAACGCCACCUCGUCCAACGUGUCGCAGCAGAAGCACAAGAAUCACAACCAGCAGCUGCUCAACAAGAAUCAGCCGCAGCUAGUGAAUCAGCAGUUGCUCAAUCAGAAUCAGCCGCAGUUGGUGAAUCAGCAGCUAGGAUCAGCACCGUCGGGUCCAUCGGAAAGCGGUGUGGCGGUUACUAUUUCUCCAGGAGUGCUAUCGCACUUCAUCCCGGGAGACACACCCACUCUGUAUGCGAGCACGCGGGCGCCUCCCCUGCAGGCGGUCAAUGAGGCAGCCAAGCCCGCCUCCAUCACUCAACCAACCACCGCCUUCACUUUCUUCGGCGUGCCAAUACCUCACAUCAACAUAGGGGCGAAUGAGUUUUGGAACGGUGGCAACAGCAGAGACACGCACGGUCAAGGGCGACUGAGUGGCACGAGAGGGCGAUUCCAGACGGCCGAGCCUGACGACGCCUUCACGCCCAUCCUGCCCAACACGGUCGGCGGGUUCCGACCCAUUCACAACCCCGUCAACAAUCACACUGCAACCGCAACAGUCGAGACCACUACCAGGCCCACCCAACAUGUGCCACCACCGGCGCCACCGCCACCAUCACCACCUCUCAAUCAAUCACGAUGGGAGUCUCGAAGACCAGUGCAAGGUACAGGAAGGGUAUCGAAACUACCAAGUCCACCAACCAAUCAACAGAUAGAAGCCGAGGAUGACCUGCCGAUAGAAACCAAUAGAAAUAAACACCAUUCAAAUGAUGAGCCACGCCACACAAAAGUGCACAACCUGGACCAACAUCCCUUUUCUCAUUCAGUGCCGCACAAAAAGCAGAACCAAGAUCUGUCCCAGUACCCUCACAGUCAUAUCUACCAUCAACAGCAUGUGACUCCAACAUCAGUCAAGAACUAUGUGAUAGACUCAAGUCCUGAGCCCCAAACCACAGUGAAAAACGCUGUUCAUGCAGGAUCAACCCCGACGAGCCCAAGUGGCCUACCCACUUCACCCCCCAAAAAGUUCAAAUACUCAGUGCCAACGACCACUGAGUCAGCCACAACUUACCUUCCGCCAGCUGCCAGCAACAACAACGAAAUCUCCAGCGACGUGAGGAGUUCCAACACAAAAGGCGGGCCGUCGUCGCUGACAGGCUUCCUGGCGCCGGGCGGUCAGCUGCCGCCUUACAAGCCCGGCGGCCGGUCGAGCAUCACCAAGGUCACGGUCACGCCCCCCCUUGGCCCCGGCCCCGUGCCCAUGGCCGAGGACCUCCAGGGCCCCCCGCCCCGCCUCGCCAAGAGUCCGCCCCAUCACUACUUUCCUCUCUCGUCCGUCUCCUCCUCUUCUCAACAGCUGACACCGCACAACCUGUCCAACCAAUGGUACUUCACCAAUUACAACAAAACGAACUUAGAGCCGUUCAUCGGCCCCGGAAAACAAAUCAAUGAGAACAGCAGCGGCACUGUCUCUUCAGUAUCAACAUUUUUGAUCAUUGUGACCUUGUUACAUUUUGUUUCAACAUUUUUCAAUUACCAAUAG